CCAACAAUGGUUUUCAUUGGUUCAAUACGAAUCACUGCCUUUGCUGUAUGACAUUAACCUUGGUUCUAAAAAUGACGUCGAUCCUUCAUUUUCGGGCAGAUAGGAAGUGGCAAUGCAACAGUGAGACAAGCACUAGCCAGAACCGUGCAACCAAACAGUAACAUGGCUACUUAACGGCGGAAAUGGGAAAUCCUGCGACUGCUGAGUCAGCAGAAGGUGAUGGAAGUGACAGUGGGCCAACUUUUUCGUUUUUGCAGAGCAGCCGCCCAACAAAGAUGGGUUAACCAUUUCGCCCAUGAGUGAGCGGAGUUGGUCCCAUUUUUCCAGGGGAUUUGCCGGCUGCGGUGACUGCGCCCAAAGAGCCGCCCGAGCGAGUUCUUUUUGCUUUGUAAGGACGAAUAAACUUGUUCGCGAAUCGUCAUUCUUUCUGGAAUAAUGGCAGGACCAUUGAAGCGCUCCGGGCUACAGCAACAAGUGAUCAACUUUUAUCGAGAAUGUUUUCGUGCCGCACGGGCGAAACCUCAAGCCAAUCGACCUCAUUUUUACGCUUACAUUCGUCGUGAAUUUCGUGCCUAUAAUGUCCGCAAAACGGACUUUGCUACUAUUGAAUAUCUUUUGAGAAAAGGAAAGCGACAGUUGGAAACUUAUGCUCAAAAAGGGAUUCAAGAUAUUCAUCUGUAAUGCACAGAAAGAUACCACUUUUUCUAUUGGACUUGAACCAUUUAUCUUGGAUUGGAGGCAAAGCUCACUACCGUUGACUUGGUUAUUCCAGAGCCACCCUACGUUGGAUGGCAUGAAAAACCUAGGAUCUUAAAUGCUCUUUGCUAUACGACAUGUCAUAUUUUCCUUGGUUUCCCAGUCGAACACAUCAAGCUGUACAAUAUUGCUAGCUCAUCUGUUUGCCACCGUUAUCACCUUCUUGUUUUUAGUAGCCCUUGUCAUUUCUUUUGUAUCAUCCAUAAUUGCCCAAAAUAAUCAAAAGUAACAAUGAUCCGU